UCCACUCACUUCUGCGUGCAUCACUCUGCCUCUCUGCAAGUGUCUCUUCUCUCAGUGUGAAUCACCGGCUAUCUCACUUUUUGUUUUCUCUUUCAGUCUGGUGCACCGUGCGAACAGUUCACUACUAAUUGACUUCUUUCCACCUGAACAGACGAAGGGAGACUAAUGAAACCGACCUGAAAAGCUGGACUUCCUGCAGGAGCUUCCGCAUAGCCAUGCCUUAUCAUCAGUAUCAUCAGCUGGAGAGUGGAUUUGUUCACGUUCAACGCUAAACUGCUAGUCUGACAGAGACACCAGGGAAGCCCCGCACACCACGAGGUGUCUUUCUGCACCAUUGUUUUUUUUAACGGUGGUGCCUUGGUGACUGAAGUUUGGAUCAGGCAGUGAGAAGGCAGCUCCAGGGUCCAAUGAGUGUGAAGCGUCAGAUGGCGUGCCAGUCCAAAAGGAUGGGGAACAACAUGGACGUUCAGAAUUUUCAUGGGAAGGAAUCAAUCUGUCUAUGGAAGACACCACAUCAAUCCUGCCCCGGCUCAAGAGGAACUCAAACGCCUAUGGCAUCGGGGCUCUGGCUAAGUCUUCUCUGUCAGGUGUGUCAGGUGUCACACGCACAAUGAAGGAAAGAGUGACCAAGCCCACAGCCAUGGCCCAGGGUCGUGUCGCUCACAUGAUUGAAUGGCAAAACUGGGGCAUGACGACGGUGGGUUCGGGGAGCGUCCUCCAGUCCCGCAUCACUACCCAGGAGCGAGAAAAGGAGCGGCGGCUGGAGAACGACGCCUACAGUGACCUCAGUGAUGGGGAGAAAGAGGCUCGCUUUGCAGCAGGCAUCCUGCAGCAGUUUGCAAUCUCAGAGGCAACGCUCCUGGCGUGGUCGUCAAUGGAUGGUGAGACUCCGCAGUCAGGAUCAAACCAGGGAAGCGUGGCUCACCUCAGUGAGGUCAACCAGGAGAGCAUCACCAGUCGAGAUCAGAUAUUGCACCACUCCUCAGCGGAGGUGUGGCCUCACACAUACGUCUCCCAGGGCCACUACUGCCUCUCCUCUUCUGACGCUUGGGAGCCCAUCAACAACGAUCCCUCCGUUGUGGCGUCUCCCCCUGCUGGCUCCUACGUUAUGGGUACGGAGGGCUACGAUGGGCAGGCCGCAGCUCACUUCCUGUCUCAGCAACAGCAGCAGCAGUUCACUCUCCAGCAGAGUCAACUACAACAGCUGCAGCAGAUCCAACAGUUUCAGCACUACCACCAACAGCAGCUUCUGCAGUAUCAGCAACAGCAGUCUCUGGAGCACAGGCUACACAGUGCCAACCACUCUUUGCAAGCAACACCCAACAGCACCAUCCACAGUCUGGUUCAUCAAAUUCACCCUCCGCUGGUUGAUCUGUGGAACACGGGGCAGAUGGAAACCUAUCAGGCAGAAGCCGGCGGGUACAUGGGUGUGGCGGCGACAGUGGAGCCAAGCCUGUGUGUUCCCACUGGUGAAGAGAUAGUAGGAACGGAACACUCCCCGCUACUGGAACAGCAGGAGGAGGAGGAGGUCAAGGAAGAAGAUGUGGCACUGUGCAUGGAGCAAGAGUCGGCCACAUUGACUCCACCCACACAACAAGGGGAUGCUUCUGGUGGCAGUAGUCCGGGGCAGCUGCCAGCAGAGCCAAUCACAGAGCGGAAGUUGUCUGAUGUCACUUCUGGUCUCAUUCAGACACUAGAGGAGAAGGAAGAGCCAGAAGAGGGGCCUCCUGCUUCUGUGGCAGCCAACUGAGUUUGUGGCAGACAAGAGACAAAUGAAGAACUGACUGGGGAGUCAGCAAGAAAUGAGCAUAAUAACACAAUAUAUCUCUAUUACUCUGUUCCUUUUCAGGUAUCAAAACCACAACUUUUUUGGUUGCAAGGUCAUUUCUUCAAAAUGGUGAGAAAUAGAUUUGGUGGACUCCCAAUAACAGUAGAGCUGAUGCAACAAUGGACACCUGUUUCUUUGCAAGCCUUACAUCCCAAAGGUAACUGAAGAAAAGACAGAUGAAGGCGGAAGAGAAGCACCAACCGAGUGAAUUAUAUCCACCGGGAAACUGCACUGAGACAAAAAAGAGGGGAAUGGAAACAUGCAUGCUUUUUAUGAGACAAGCAACUCAACCCUGUCAUCAUCUAAUAAUGAUAAUAGAAAUCUAAAGUAAUAAAAAAAAUAACAAUAAUUUUGUAAUAAAAGAAACAAAAAAAAGGACAACAAUCUAUGUAUAAGUGUAUGAUAAGAUAUGAGAUUUCCAGUGGGAGAACUACUCUGUUUACAGCUGUUAUUCAACACAUAAGAUAGAGUUUAGUCAAAUUUAUUUCCCCAUUGCAUCAAACACAUGCACUAUACUUUACAUCUGGCAACCCAAGCACUUUCACAGAUGAUUGAAGUAGGCCCAGAAAAUCUCAGCAUUUCAGUGAAAUGCUGUUUUCCCCGAGGCACAAUCCAGGGACAGGCUCGCCCUGCUGACUGGACACCCAAAAACCCUGCACAGAUAAGGAUUGUACUGUAUACCGUGCUUCCUACUCUGUCUCUCUGUAUGCAUGUUUCUUCAGAGUACUAUGGAGUACCUGUACUAUACAGCUCUGUAUAGACUUUGCACUGAACCAUAGUAUCCCAGGUGUGGCCACAGUGGCCCUGCAGUGGGCCUGCGGUGGGUUUGAGCGGUGGCUUUCAUGACUCAGAGAUAAACACAGAGCUGCAUAUGUGAAUCUCUUUUGCACUGAUGCAAUCCCAACAGAUCAGAGGUUCCCUUUGGACUGUUGAGGUUACCCAGUUUCCGCUCUGAAAGCUUUCACCGACAACCAAAACCGAGCCACUUGACAACGCGAACCCUCAGCUGCUUUUUUUUUUCCAUAGACGUAAUCGCGAUGAAUAAAGGAUGAUAACCACUAUUUUGAAUGUACUGGAAGACAGGCGGCAGUACACGAGUGCUGCUUUGAUGCCUCCUCCGUGGUCCACAAGAGAGAGAAGGGAGCGCUGUUCUGUUUUGUGAAACAAAAACAAGUGGGGGAGUCUUUCAACCAUGUUGGAAAGUGGAUUCACUGCUGGCUCACCAAGACCACAACAACACACACACACACGCACACACAGAUAUGAAUAUCUAAAUUGUAACCAGCAAUAGGCAGGCGAGACACUGGCUUCCCAGAUCAGUGUCAGCUCUGUCACAAAUAUGUAAAUAUUCUGAGUAAAUAAAGAAAUUGCCUCUCGCUCACAAUCACAACUGUUCUAUUACAGUAUGAUUUCUUUAUUUUUGUACACCUCUUGGGUCCCACCUUAUUUUGGGGAUUGCUCUCAAACUCACAGCUUAGCCUAGCAAAGUUUAGUUUUUUCUUCUUCUGUGUGCAACAACACAAAGACAAAAUCGGAGGAAAUGGGAGGGAUGUUGUGUUUUAAGUUGGGUGAUCGAAUCAAACUGAGGGGCAUUCAACUCGCUGAGACCAUCGGCGGUGGAAAAAGUUUGGCGACGGCGACAGGAGGUUGCCAUUCAGUCAGCCAAUCAGGGAAUAGAGCGGACGAUAAGGACUGAACACUGGAGCUGAAAAGAUCGGUCUCUUCCUGCUCAUCGUUCUUACUGUGAAGCAGCUGCCUGGAUGUUUGACAAGCAUGGUUUAUUUUUUGUGGGUUUUUGUUUUUCUUUCACUGGAGGAAGGACGGUGUUUGCUAGCGAGACGUGGAGUUAAACAGCGGCGGUGAACAAAGUGGACUUUCCGUGCAUGGCUCACUGACAAAACUUUACGACACUACAAAACCACUGUUUUCUCUGUUGGAGGAGCACCUUCUCUCACUUUGAUGAUUGUGUGAGAAACUUUUAAGAUGAUAAGAUAUAUGGUUUAUUGACUUGAAUGAAUUUAUUUAUUGAUUGCUUCUUUAUGCAAUGUUGGGGACAAUGUUUAUUUUUCUACUGACCUGCUGAAUUCUGAGUUAGAGUAGGUGUCACGGCUGUAAAGCACUCUCGUUUUGUCUGGUUUUGAGCACUUUAAACCAAGAAGAGAUGGAGCAGUUUGGCAGCUCACUGUUUUUAAAAACUUCAAGAAUUUCAGUAGUGCCAGGUGACAAAAACAACUUGAAGACUGCUCAAAACUGCAAACAGAAUGUCUUUACGCAAUGGCAAAUAUUAAUUUAUUUAUUGAAAAAUUACUUGGUGGGGAGGAAAAAUAAGACAUCUUGUACAGAGUAUAAUUUCACGCGGGUACCAACCCUUCUGGGAGCAGUAUCUUUUUUUUUUAAUGAGUCAGAUGACGUAAUGUGGUGGAAAGACCAAUGCUUUAUAUAUAUUUCUUUGACCAUCGCAGCUUAUUUGGGCUUGACUGUUUGCUAAUAAGCUACAUCACAAGGAAACAUGCAUGAACUCCAUUAUAGACACUGCUUCGCUUUGGGUUAUUUUUAUUUAUUUAUUUAUCUUUUUAUUUAUUUUGUGUUGUUGCUUUCUUUCUUUUUUUUCUUUUUUAAUUAAAUCUCAAUGAAUGAAUAAACAAAUAAUAAGAAGCCAAAAAUAUUUCUGUGGAUGUUAAGGUUUACUGAUCACAUCUUUGUUAACCUACUGGUUUGCAGUUGAGUCACUCUUUUUGUAUUUCUACUGCCAUCUUCCAGUUACAGUUACAACUUGUCUGCAGGCAUGAUGCUCAAAACCUGCUUCUGGUCCUCUGCCUUGCUCCUUCUCUUCCUUUCCGUCUAUCUCUUUGUAUCUGCUCUGUAUAUUUGUGUCUGUCUGUAUGUCUGUCUGUGUACAGUAAGAUGUCCACUGUCUUGUUGGAAAAAGUCACUGCCAACAAAAGAGAGAAAAAAAAACAGAAAAAUAACUUGACGUUUUCACAUCAGUCAUAGGGAAUUUGAUAAUUAUAAUCUGGAAGUGUCUGGCAAAAAAAGUAACUGCUGUAUAAAACGCUGUAUAAAAUUGGAUGGCUUCUGUAAAAGUCUGCAUAAAAUUGGAUUUGUUUGAAAUGAGGCAGUGUGACUGGUGAUACCAGUGAACACUUAUAACACUCCCACCUAUGCAUGCUUGUUGGAUGGCUGUCACAGGAUGGUUCUUCCGUGCUCCCCCCUCUCUCUCUCUUCUGUCAACUCUCUGUUUCUUCCUGUUUCUCUUCCUUUCCCCUCUUUUUCCUGCACGACCUCCUAUUGACCCUCCGGCUCCUUUUACCUGCCUCCUCUCCUUUUCCUCCGGUGGAGAAAGAGCAAAUAAACAAAACCAACAAACGGCA